UUCUCAUCCGCCGCUGUAACACAUGCGUGCUGUAGUUUAUGUUCACGACGUUUUGGAUGCCCGGUUCUAUGAGAAGCAUAAAACCGUUGGUGUAUUACGUUCACAGGAACUACAGACUUAUCCCACUGUGUUCAUGUAAGAUUGCAUCUGCAACGCGAACUACGACUUCCAAAGGCUCGUGCGCCUUUACGACACAGAGACCAUAUAUGCACCUGGCGAAAAGACCUUGUUUUGAGACCAUGACUUCUGCUAAAAUCGGCACGCAUAACGGAACCUUUCAUUGCGAUGAGGCUUUGGCGUGUUAUUUUCUGCGUCAGCUCCCGGAGUACAAGGAUGCAGAAGUCAUUCGCACCCGAGACCCUGCGCAGCUGGCAACAUGUGAUGUUGUGGUGGAUGUUGGUGGAGUAUAUGAUCCAAGCACGCACCGCUACGACCAUCAUCAGAGGUGCUUUGUGGAGACCUUUAACAGCUUGUGCCCAGAGAAGCCAUGGCUAACCAAGCUGAGCUCAGCAGGUUUGGUUUAUCUUCACUUUGGUCGGCGAAUACUUUCCUCUCUAACACACCUAACACAGGAAAGCAGAGAGCUGGAGAUCCUCUAUGACAAGAUGUAUGAGAACUUUGUGGAGGAGGUGGAUGCUGUGGAUAAUGGGAUUUCUCAGUAUGAUGGAGAGGUCCGCUACACUGUCAGUACUACCCUGAGUGCUCGGGUCAGCUAUCUUAACCCAUGGUGGAACGGUAAAUGCCAGGACAUAGAGGAGGGUUUUCACAAAGCCAUGGCCUUGGUGGGAGCUGAGUUCUUAGACCGGCUGGAUUACUAUCAGAAUGCAUGGCUCCCAGCACGAGGAGUAGUGGAGGAUGCUGUUCAGACAAGGCAUAAGGUGGACCCCACUGGGGAAGUACUUCUGCUGGCCCAAGGUGGAUGCCCCUGGAAGGAGCAUCUCUUCUCCCUGGAAAAAGAGCUGAAAGUGGAAGUGCCCAUCAAGUUUGUGCUCUUUCCAGACCAGAAUGGCCAAUGGAGAAUCCAAUGUGUGCCGGCAGGGAUCAACACGUUUCAGAACAGAUUGUCAAUACUGGAGGAGUGGCGUGGGAUCAGGGAUGAUGACCUGUCCCAGCUCAGUGGAAUCCCAGGCUGUGUGUUUGUCCAUACCAGUGGCUUCAUUGGGGGAAACAAAACCAAGGAGGGUGUUCUUGAGAUGGCCCGUAGAACUUUGCUGGCAUCAGCCACACCAAAAAACACCCCUACUGGCUGCUGAGACAUGUUUUAUUGCUUAAGCUAAUUUGAUUGCUUAGUGUCACCUCAUUCAUAUACUUUUGUACUAAUAAUGUGCUGUACCUAGACAGGAACAUUUGUCUUGGUUCACUUCAGUUUUUUACUUCUGGAAGUAAAGUCCAUCAUCUAAACAUGA